GUUAAAGGGAGGCAGGUGUCCGCCUGGUGGUCAGAUCUUGUUUCCGCGGCAAGUUCUGAGGAGAGCAGUGAACCGGAGGAGGAGCCUGAAGAGUUCGAAGAUGUCGGCAGUGAAGAAAGAAGUGUCGGUGACAGGAAUGGCUGUGAUCGAGCUUCGUUAAUGAAAGGCUUUGGACAAAUAAUGCAUCAUGGACAAGAAUUAUGGCAGCCCAUCGAUGUCGAGCAAGGAGAUUCUGAUGCAGGUUGGGAUUAUUUCCAUUUUUUGUGUUAA